UUGGCGUGGAUAGCACACAGGUUGGUGUCCUCGAAGAGCCCCACCAGGUAGGCCUCGCACGCCUCCUGCAGCGCCAUCACGGCCGAGCUCUGGAAGCGCAGGUCGGUCUUGAAGUCCUGCGCGAUCUCGCGCACCAGGCGCUGGAACGGCAGCUUGCGGAUCAGCAGCUCCGUGGACUUCUGAUAGCGGCGGAUCUCGCGCAGGGCCACCGUGCCGGGCCGGUAGCGGUGCGGCUUCUUCACGCCGCCCGUGGCCGGCGCGCUCUUGCGGGCCGCCUUAGUGGCCAGCUGCUUGCGCGGGGCCUUGCCGCCGGUGGACUUGCGAGCGGUCUGCUUAGUACGAGCCAUAAUAUGAGAUUGCAAACACUGCUACAACUACAAGCCGUGCUGUUCUUGCUCUUAUUUAUACAGGCGAGGUCCUCCUGAUUGGUCCGAAUCUUCAAAUUCCGCGCCGUGAAUUAAGUAACUGGAUAGGCCUUGUGAUUGGAUACCAGGUCUCACUUUAGAAAAUCUAGAUCUAUUGCAGUACGCUCUAUAUUUACUCGCUUAAAGUCCUCCGCCAUUUAUUCACCCUGUAUGUUACAUGUUUUAUAUAUACCUUAGUUGGUUUUGUUUUACUCCCCUUGUUCGGGAUUAAGUUUGGGAAGAGACGAAAAUGAACGUUCCAGAGUUCUGAGCCCUUUCAAAAACUACGGUUUUGAAUGUAAUUGAUCAAGUCCAGUUUCGUCACUUAUCAAAGGUUCUGAUUUUGAAUAAACGUUUUAUCUUAGCAAUGCAAGCACCAUAUUACAUAAUUCCCAGCUCUCCAACAAACGCUGGCAUCACUUCCAGACACUGUUCCUAGAAAACAUGAAAAUACUACCGCCGUUGAAAUGUGACGAUCCUUAAUUCUUCGUAAAGCUUAAGUGUUGCCGACUUUGAUCAAGCCGAAUUGGAAAUGCCAAUGGCAUAAUUUUGAAAACAUUUAUAUAUUUAGCUAAUUUCUAUGUUCUUUUCUAGAAUUACUAACCCGGUAACUGAAUUUUGGCAGGAAACUAGUCAUAAAUUUGUAUCGGGCGUUUGUCUCUUUAGGUCCGGAUCUAGAGAGAAACAAGGCUCACAAGUAGAUACUUACGGACAAGACAUUAAUUUUUUGCACUAUUUUGAAAACGAAAGUUAUUUUUUCUGAUGGUGGGGGGGAUGUCUAGUGUUAGUUCCACUUAGACAGCCAAUCAAAAAGCAGAUUUGAAAUCACCUUAUUUGCAUAAAAGGUUUCUACUGGCUGAUUUGACCCAAUCAGGAAUUGAGAUAGAUUAAGCACCUAUUUGCAUAUAAGCCCUACAAAAAUAGGCCAGCAUUGUAACAGGUGUUGUCAGUUUUCGUCUGUUUGAUAACUUUACACCAUGCCUGAGCUGGCUAAAUCUGCUCCUGCUUCCAAGAAGGGAUCUAAGAAGGCAGUGACCAAGGCGCAGAAGAAGGAUGGCAAGAAGCGCAAGCGCAGCCGGAAAGAGAGCUACUCCGUAUACGUGUAUAAGGUACUGAAGCAGGUCCACCCGGACACCGGCAUCUCGUCUAAGGCUAUGGGCAUCAUGAACUCGUUCGUCAAUGACAUCUUCGAGCGCAUCGCGGGCGAGGCGUCGCGCCUGGCGCAUUACAACAAACGCUCGACCAUCACCUCCAGGGAGAUCCAGACGGCCGUACGCCUGCUGCUGCCUGGGGAGCUGGCCAAGCACGCCGUGUCCGAGGGUACCAAGGCUGUCACCAAGUACACCAGCUCCAAGUAAAUGUUUUCAGGUGCUGUUAAACCCAAAGGCUCUUUUCAGAGCCACUCACACUUUCAAAAGGGGCUCUAAUGCUGCAUACUAUUCGU